AUGCCAUGGCAGAGUGCUUACAAGAGAGAGUUCGUGUUAACUCCUCACUGUCGGAAGAGUUUGAAAGUUUACUCGGAGCCUUUCAAGGUGACAGUUUAUACUUUAUCUGGAAAGCUAUUCACACUUAUUCUUGCAGCAGCCUUACACCACCUCAGAGCUGUAUCCGGGAGACCAAACCCACCAGUAUCAGAACUAGGUUUUCCUACUGAGUGGGAAUAUUCAGACGAUUGUGACUUUGCUGACGAGGACAUCGAGAAACUGAGAAUUUUCCUUCCUACAGCGAAGGAGAUUCUCAAAGACUGGAACCUCCAAGUAAACGAAAGUAAAACUGAAUUCAGUACCUUCUACCUGGCGAAAAAAUCUGAUAAAGACACAAACGGUCAGCCAUUAGCUAAUAACGAACCAUGGCGAAGUAACAAGUCACUAGGUUCCUUACUCUGCACUGAGAAGGACAUUCAAAGAAGGAGAAUCCUAGCUGAGAUUGCUUUUAAGAACUUUGGAAAAGUAUGGUUGUCCGGUAAGAAAAUUUCCCUUGAAAGAAAGCUGAAGUUAUAUGAUGCUCAAGUUGUAUCUGUAUUGAUUUACAACUCAAAUAGUUGGAGUCCUAAGAAAGCAACCAUGGAGAAAAUGGACACACUCCAUCGUAGACACCUCAGGUCCAUUUUAAACAUCAAAUGGCCUAAAGGUGACGACUUAUGA